AUGAGCCAAGCACCAGUGUCGUGUAUUCCUGCCGGGAAGAUGUCCAAGACGAAGAAGGUCCUCGAUGAGGCCCGUGAAAUUCAGAAUCCGGAAUUGGAUCUCGCGGACAAGGGGAUUUCCAGCUUCGACGAGAUGUCCGGAUUGUUCAACAUGCAGAACAUCACAAGACUGACCCUAAGUCAUAAUAAACUACAAGUUGUUCCUCAGGCGAUAUCAUACUUAAUGAAUUUGGAAAUCCUAAAUCUAUUCAACAAUCACAUUAUUGAGUUGCCGAUGACUCUAUCACAAUUACCAAAGCUGAGGAUUUUGAACAUAGGAAUGAACAGACUGAACGAACUUCCUCGUGGAUUUGGAGCCUUUCCAGUUCUAGAAGUUCUGGACCUCACUUACAACAAUCUAAACGAGAAGAGGUUACCCGGAAACUUUUUUAUGAUGGAUACAUUACGAGCACUCUAUUUGGCUGACAACGAUUUCGAGUAUCUUUCACCUGACAUCAAACAACUAAGAAAUCUGCAAAUUUUCGUCUUGAGGGACAACGACCUCAUCGAAUUACCAAAGGAAAUUGGAGAACUAGCUCGACUUAGAGAAUUGCACAUUCAGGGCAAUCGCUUAACUGUUUUACCUCCAGAAAUUGGGAACUUGGAUUUAGUCAGCAAUAAAGCAGUAUUCAGAAUGGAAUACAAUCCCUGGGUAACACCAAUCGGUGAUCAACUACAAGUUGGCGUAUCUCACGUUAUAGACUAUAUACGUUCCGAGACCUACAAAUACGUAUACAACAGGCAUCAAAGUGUAAAAGGUCCUCCUCCACCAGUCGAGAACGACAAAACUAAGAAAAUUUCUCGACUUCGUUGAAUAAUUUCGGGUCAAGAAGAUUAUUGACUGCCAAUACUCGCCAAGAAGGCAACUUAACGAAAUCUGAUCAAAAUGUGCCUUAGAUAUUUCUAACUGUACCUUCAGUGUGUAAUCUAGUUUUGGAAUUAACCAAUUUUUAUAUUAUUUAUAUGUACGUACUUCCGAAUCUAAAGAUCCUAUAUUUUAAUAAAUAUAUUAAUUGUAAGAGAAUUGUUGUAAUUCAAACAGGAAUUGAAUUCUGACAAAGUUAAAAAAAUAAGCGCUUUAUUUUCGAGAGUAUUAAAUAUUGUGCAUUUUUCUAAUCAUUUCUGUCGUCACCUAAGUAUCAAAUGUACAAUUUGGAUUUACAUCGCUGAGAUCAAAGAAUCCGGAACAACUACCAUGAUUAUUUUUACUAAUAAUAAAAAAUAAAAAUACUUAUA